AUGACCACCAUGCUUUGCCUGCUGUGGAGAGCCCAGCUGCAGUGGGUGUUGCAGGCCUUGCAGACGACAUUUCACGGAUCAAAUUAUGACGAUGGAGAUGAGGAGGAUAUCUUUUGGGAGGAUGUCUUUGGCGAGGGAGCCAAGGUGAAGGACGUCAAGCUGUCUGACGCGGCAAAGGCAAAUCAGAAGGAGCUGCAGAAGGGGCAAGCUCUGAAGGAACGACCACCCUUGCAGAACCGCAACAAUAGGACCAUGACACCCACAGGCACCGGCAAGCGGCCAGCUUGCCAGCUGGCAGGCCGCACAGCCAAGAGGAGGGCACCGCUCGAUGACACGGCCCAGAAGGACAAUAGGGGCAUUGCUGAGGAGGCGGCAGAGGACACGCCAAUGAUGCAGCACCCAAGGCGGUGUCGCAGCAGGUCACGAAGGGCCUCACCAGCAGACACACCGGAGCCAGAGGAGGCAGAGCCAAAGGCCGACAUACCGCUGCCAAUGGAAACAGACGACAACGAUGAGGAGGAAGAGCAGCUGCCAACCAACAGGGAGAGGAAAGCCAGCCCGGCAGCUGCCGCGGCAGAUGCGGAGGACGAGGAAGCUGCCGACGAGUCACCCGAGCCGGCGGCGCGCGCUGGCCGGAAGCGAUCCCGCAGCCGCCAGCCGGCCGAGCCGGCGGGUGCCACGCAGCUGGUCGCCAGCCAAGCGCUGACUCAGCGCGGCAGCGCGUACGCCACGCAGCGCACGCUGACUCAGAUACCGCGCAUGAGGUUUCCUGAGAUGGAGCCUGGCAAUGGCGUUGGCAUAGCAGGGCAGAUCAAGUCGAUCCACGCCGAGCACUUCAUGAGCCACCAGAACUUUGAGAUCGAACUUGGGCCGCACCUGAACUUCAUAACGGGCGAGAACGGGUCAGGCAAGAGCGCCACGCUGCAGUGCCUGCAGGUGUGCCUGGGGGCGCGCGCGCGCGACACCGGCCGCUCGUCAGCGGCUAAGGACCUCAUCAACGACCAGGCCUCCACCGCUGUCGCCAAGACCGUGCUCUGGAACACGGGGUCGGAUGCCUACCAGCCGGAGCUGUAUGGGCCCACGAUCACCAUCACGCGCAAACUCACGCGCAGCGGCGGCUCCUAUUACUACCUCGCCGCCCACGGCAGGAGCAAUCGUCAGGUGAAGAGGGCAGAAGUGGAGGCGAUAGUGAUGGACCACUUCAACAUCGAUGCCAGCAAUCCCAUCAUCUGCCUCACCCAGGACAAUGCGCGCAGCUUUGCCGGCAACGCGAGCGACGAGGAGAAGUACAACCUCUACAUGGCUGCCACCGGCUUUGACGCGGUUCUGCGCGGGCUGGCCGCCUCCGAGGCGCAGGUCGGCGCCUGGAAGGAACGCCUCCGCACAGUGCAGGAGCAGCUCAAGGAGAAGUUUGAGCGCAUCACAGAAAUCAAGGGCACCAUGCAAGAGAUGGAGGAAGUCGACAGCUGGCAGGCCGAGAUGGAUCACCUGAACAAGUGCAUCGCAUGGGUGGGUGUGCUGGAUAUGCGCGGGGAAGCCGCCCGAUGCCGCGUGCAAGUCGAGGAGGAUCUGCCCCGCCAGAUUGUCGAGGCGGAAGCAGCCGCGCACGAGAAGGGGGCAGAGCUUGAAAUUGCCAACGCAGAUUUUGACGCAAAGAAAGUGGAGGAGCAGCAGCUGACAGCGGAGAUGCAACAGUUCCACGCUGAGCAGAAGCAGCUUGUUGCCGCGGCAAAAUCCACCGACAAAGCUCACCGGCAGGCCGCGCAGGCGGCUGAGCGGGCCCAGACCGCGCUGGAGAACAAGGCGGCUGAGCUGGACAAUGCGCGGCACACGGAAGAGGACCUGCAGCAGCAGCACAUGCAGGCCACGCAGGAUGAGGCGGCUGUGCAAGCAAGGGAGAUACACGAGCGGGAGCAGGCAGCCGACGCAGCAGCCGCCGCAGCAAGCUGCGCAUCUCAGGCGCUGAGGGAAGCAGAGGCGCUGAAGAUGCAGUCAGAGAGGGAGUUGAGGGAGCGGCAGGGGGAGGCUCGAGACAUUGAGGGCCGCGUGAGGGACAUCCAGAAAGAGCUGAGCAAUCUCAACUCCAGCCGAGGGGACCCGAUCGCCAAGUUUGGCGGCAACGACAUGGUGCGGCUAGUGCAAGCCGUUGACGCCGCGGCGCGUCAGGGCAAGUUUAGUAAGCGCCCGAUCGGCCCCAUCGGGCAGCACCUGUCGCUGAGCGAUGAGCGCUGGGCAUCCGCGGUGGAGGCGGCCAUCGGCGGCGGCUUUGACAGCUUCCUCGUGCACUCCCAGCGCGACCUCAGCGAGCUCAUUGACAUCGCAAAGCGGCUGCGCAUGCGGCGGCCGGUGAUCACGGUGCUCAACUUUGACCUGCCCGCGCACGACCUGUCCCGGCGGCCGCAGCUGCCGCCCGACGUGCUGACCAUCCGCCACGUGCUGCGGUUGCCGGAGGAUCCCGAGCUGGCGCGCGUACUGCACAACCACCUGCUCGACAGUGACAGCAUCGAGCGACGUGUGCUCGUUCCGGAUGCGGACGCGGGUCUGCACAUGAUGCGCACGACCGACUGGUUCCGUAAGAUCAGCGGCCGCGGCGCGCUCUCUAACGAUGUGUGGGCCGAGGACUGCUGGCGCGGAUUCGUGCGCGGAGACACUGAGACCGCCAUGCCCUUCAGGGGCACCAGGAGGGGCGCCCGCCUGAGCAAGGACGUACAGGGGCAGGUGGUGGAGCUUGAGAGGGAGAUGGCGUCAGCGAAGGAGGCCCACAAAGCUGCACAGCAGGCUGUUGCUCAGGCCAGGCGCGAAGAAGCCGAAGCCAAGCAGAAUGUGGAGCGGCUCAGGAAGGAACGCGGCGCGGCCGACCGGCAGCGGGCGCGCACUCAGUCCCAGCUGGAAGACAUGCGCGCAUCCGUGCAGGAGGCGGCGGCGGCGGACGAGCCAGACCCGGACAAUGCGGAGGAGAUCGAGCGGCUGCAGGAGGAAGUCCACGAGCUGCAGCGUGCGCUGGACGAGAAGAGGGCGAAAGCGGCAGAGACGGCAGAGGCGGCAGAGGGAGCAAGGACGGCCAAGGAGGCGCAGGCCGAGGCCAACAAAGCCGGCCUGGCACAAGUUGAGGCCGCAGGAGAAGCCUUCCAGGCCGCCAUCCAGAACAAACAGGCUGCCAGUGAUGCUAUGGAGGAGGCGAGGGCGAGGCUCCAUGAGCUACAGGCCAAGCAGGAGGAGUCGCUGAAGGACCUGCAGGAGAUCAUGCAGCUGCUGGAGGGCCUCACUGGAGAUGCCGCACAGGAGUGCACCGAGGAGGAGGCAGCAGAAGCUCGUGCGCAGCUGAAGGAGCUGUGGCUGGGCACCAAGCGCGCCAGCAGUGACGCGCGCGCAGAGGCGCUGCUUACCAAGUCGGAGAUGCAGGACAGGUGGGACCAGCUGAAGAGGGACAUCACAAAGAGGGAGCGUGACAUGGGCACCAACAUGGACGCACUCAAGAUGGAGCUCGCACGGCUGAGCGGCUGGCACACGGCAAAGGAUGCGGAGUACAAGCAGAGCGCGGCCGCGUGGCAUCGCUUCCGUGACGCCUACAACAAGCGCCGCAGGAAGCACGAGGAGGUCAAAGACCACGUCGGCAAGGAGCUCAACACCCAGUUCAACAAGUACCUCAAGGCGCGCAAGUGGCGCGGGGGCAUCAAGAUUAGAGAUGAGAGGGGAACGCUUACGAUCUUUGCGCAGCAGGAUAGCAGCGCAGGCAGGGCCAAGACCGAUUUGAAGACCCUGAGCGGCGGCGAGCGCAGCUUCGUGACGGUGUGCUACCUGCUGGCGCUGUGCAAGAAGCUGCAGGGCAGCUUCCACGCCCUCGACGAAUUCGACGUGUUCAUGGACAACGUCAACCGCGGGCGGAGCCUGGUGAUGAUAAUGGAAUUUGCGGUGAGCCACAAGGAGACGCAGCUCAUCCUGCUCACCCCCCUCAACAUGGGCGCCAUCAACGACGCAGCCAAGGGCACCAAGAGGAUGCUGCCCGGCGGCGACUGGCCCAACGCGGACUUCAUGCGCAUCCGCCAAAUGGUCCAGGCACAGCGCGCCGGCAUGCGCGCGCAGGCCGCCGACCCCUGA